GUCAGCGCAUAUACCCUCGAAAACCGACCUAACAUGCCUCGAGCGAAGAAGGCCAGGACCUCUGAACCAACCACUGCCCCAGAAAGUGGUGCUGAGGGGAGCACAAGCGGUGCCACCGCCCAUGGCUCAGAGAAGGCCCAAACGACACGGUCUAACACUCGUCGUAACAUCCGGGGUCGACGCGGUGGGCUCAAGGACAUGCCAAACAUGCCAAUAGACAUCCUUAUCGAGAUAUUCCGGCACAUGCACCCGCGCGACCUGCUCAACCUUGCGCGGACGACUAAGGACUUUCGCGCGUUCCUCAUGAAGCGGAGCUCCGCGCCCUUCUGGAAGGCGGCCAGGCAGCAGGUUAAUGGCCUCCCGGAAUGUCCGGCCCAUCUAACCGAGCCCGCAUAUGCGAAUCUAGUGUUCUUCUUCCAUUGUCAUGAAUGCCUCAAGCCCAAUGUGAAGAACGUGAUCUGGGAGUUCUCCGUGCGGUACUGCUCACCGUGCAAGGGGAGACUCGUCGAGCAUAGCUACCGACCUCUUCCCUACGACAUGAUCCAAGAGGUGCGGGAGGUCACCUCUGUUGACUGGGGCUACCUGAACGAGUAUCGGGCCGCAACGACGAAAGGGUCAAGGUAUAAGGAUCUGCAUUAUCUCAAUUCCGAAGCUGCAGAGUUCAGAGCCAAAUGGACAUCACUGUCCACGGACGAAGAGAAGAAGACGUUCAUCGCGGAACGUGUGGAGGCGGUAAAGCAGAGGAAAGAGUUUGCGGACCAGAUGUGUAGGUGGCAGAAAGCUCAGGAGCAUUUUCGAUCUCAGGAAUUAGACACCAUCAAAGAGGCACGUUUCGAAGCAAUCUGCAAGCGACUCGCAGACGAAGGCUGGGCUGAAGAGUUAGAACUGAUGGACAAAACUGAGCUCGCCGAACUGAGUUGGCAGAAGGCCGCACGUAAAAGUCAGAAGCUUACUGAUUAUGGUUGGCGGAGCAUUCGCGCGGAGCUCCACCACUAUAUGGAGACCGUCCGCACGAAACGCCUUGAUCGCGAACAACACAAUAUGCUGUGCGCGCGGCUGGUCCUGUUCGGCGAUGCGCUUCGAGAGUACCAAGCAUCCAAGCUCCCGAGAACGGCCGACACGGACUGGCAUCCUUUCCUCUCCGACUAUGCUAUGAUGCCUCAGGUCCGAGAGGUGAUAGAGGCGCCUCCGGGCACAGCAGUCACGAAGGAGAUGCUCCUCGCCUUGUGCGAAGCACAGAUUCCAGCUCUUACUGCGAAGUGGUACGACGAUCGUAAGCGGGAGUUCGCCGCGCAGAUCAGGAAGAAGACCGAGGCCUAUUCAGAGCUCAAAGGCCUCCCUGAGGAUCCCGACUGCCUCCUCUCCCUCGCUAUCGCAACAUUCAGAUGCACGAGCUGCCAGUUCCUUGGCAUGCGCUGGCCGCAGGUCCUCUCUCAUCGAUGUGGGCGGGGUCGGUCAAUCUACGGCCUCAUGUUUGUGCGCGAUGGGAAAGACCACCAGUAUCGUCACGCGAUCGGGCGGACGUGUAUGGAGUACAGGUUUACACACCCCUGGAGCGACUCUAAGAAUGUGUUCAGCUUCAAUGACAACCUGAAGCAGACGUGUGCUGUCAUUAGCGCAUGCGGGAAAGAUCCGGCGAAGGUAACGUUCGAGGAGAUGGAGGCGUGCGGAGUGCGGCUGUUGUGUCGUGGUUGUCAAAAUGCAGCCCAUGCACUCUUCAAGGCAACUUAUUGUCGGGCGUGUGAAUGGAAGAACGCGGUGUCUCGACAUGAGGAAGGGCCUCUGCAUUGGUUUGCUGCCAACCACGAGCCGGAUUGGGUGCGCCUGGACGCGGAGCAUACGCGUCAAGUCCUUCGACUCGAAGCGAGUCAGCGAGAGAAAUUCGAAACGUCGCUUUUGGCAUCACCGGUCACAACCUUUGGGUGCACGCAGUGUCGGUUUCGAGCUAUUCAUCAAGCGGUCCUGGAGCAUUACGCCACGCACCACGGAAAAAAGACUGUCGCAUUCGGGACGGACUACUAUAUCCACAUGGACAACAGGCCCUACGUGCCCGAACCGAUACGUAUAUACCCGGAGGGGUUGCGUGACUCGCCCGAAGUCGUAGACGUUGUCAAAUCUGGGAGGGGUUUCACCACCGCCGCGCCUUUGUUCUAACGGAUAACAGGUGACCGGAUGACGGGCUGCACUCACACUCGAUCAUAUGAAUCCAAUGCGUCUACACAGGACAUCCAAGCCGCCUACGUCAUGUUCAGCAUGUCCUCUAUCACACUUGUAUUACCUGCCGUUCGGCUCUUCGUGUUUCAUACCAUUAUUCGC